UAGGCCUUAGAGUUAACGCGAUGUGGGAAAUGCUCCUAAACUAUUUUAGUCAAUAAAAUACUUUUUUAACCAGCUAAAAUAGUAAAGAACAACAAAUGCGUAAAAAAAUCUUAUAUAAUGGAAUAUUCUCAAACAAUAUCAUUAAAUGGAUCUGUGGAAUAUGUUGUUAAAUAUUUAAGUUUUGCAGUCAACAAGAUAUUGUAUGAGCGAGGAAUAUAUCCAGAAGAAAAGUUUACAGAAAGAAACAUAUUUGGAUUUACAAGAAAAUUUGUUGAUAUACCUGAAAUUGUAGAAUAUUUAAACCAUUUUUUCAGCCAACUAAGUGUUUGGUUAUUAAAGGAAGAGGUUGAUAGAGUUGUCCUUGUUAUCGGAUCUAUAAAACAGAAUCAAGAUUUAGAGAGAUGGCAGUUUCAAAUAAACACACGGACACAAAGUGUAGCUAUGAGUACAGAUAACGUUAAUAGUGAAGUUCAUGGUAUUGAUGCCCAGAUAAAUUCAUGUAUCACCACAAUGAUACCUUUAGAGGAAUUGUGUUCUUUUAACUUAAUUGUAUAUGCGAACACCCAAUGUGAUACACCUCAAAAUUGGCAUGAAUGUAAUGAACAUUAUAUUUCCAAUGCAGAAGAAUGUAUUUUAAAAUCAGUAUCAACACCUUGUCAUGAAGUUAACUUGGCAUUUUGUUAUAAACAACUGUAGCAUAUA